AUGAGCUGCAGCAUCAAGAGAACAUCCAGCACCUCGUACAGGAGCGGUGGAGGUGGAGGUGCCUGCGGUGGCGGCAGUGGCAGGAGCUGCUCCGUCUCCUCCAGGCGCUACGCCUCCUCGGUGAUAGGCGGCGGAAGCUAUGGCGGGGGAGCUUGCAGCGCUGGCUACGCAGGGGGCAUGAGCGCUGGCAGCCUCGGUGGGGGCUUUGGCGGUGGCCUGGGAGGAGGCUUUGGGGGCGGCUUUGCAGGAGGCUUCAGUGCUGGGGGGGACAUCCUCCUGAGCGGCAAUGAGAAGGUCACCAUGCAGAACCUCAACGACCGCCUGGCUGCUUACCUGGACAAAGUGCGAAGGCUGGAGGAAGAGAACGCUCAGCUCGAGCACCACAUCCGCGAGUGGUACAGGAAACAAGCUCCCAGCGCCUCCAAGGACUACAGCUCCUACUACCAGGCCAUCGAGCAACUCCAGAAUCAGAUCAUUGCUGCCACUGUGGACAAUAACAAACUGCUUCUGGACAUCGAUAACAGCAAGAUGACUGCUGAUGACUUCCGAAUGAAGUGA